AUGACCACGCCAAACCCGCAGCUACGGCAGCAGGUCAUAGCCAUCUACAAGGAGCUUCUCAACCUCGGCCGCGACUAUCCACAGGGCUUCUCCUACUUCCGCCCUCGUCUCCAUCGCGCUUUCAUGGCCAAUGCGCAUCUGCGCGACGACGACGCCAUUCGGGAUGCUAUCGCAAAGGCCGACUAUGUCAAAAAAGAAAUCGAAGCUUUGUAA